UAUUUUUUUUUUUACAGUACAGAAAACGUGAUAGGAGACUAUAGGAGCUGUUAUAAAAUCAUUGUUAUUAGAUAUAUUACAUUAUUUCCAGUCUUUUUGGUUUCUAUUUUUCACGCGACCACAGCCAACAUGGAGUCAUUUUCACAUUUAGUUAAAGUGUCAAUUCCAGAUUAUUUAGCGGGAUUACCAAUUCCAAAUUCAAUAGGAGGAUGGUUUAGACUUGGAGUGAAGGAUUGGCUGAGUUUAAUUCCGCCGACUGCUAUGUUGGCCGGGAUAGGCUAUAUGUCUUAUAAAGCAUUUUGUCCUCUAGCUAGACCUCCACCAUGUGGAAUGAUAAAUCCAAAUAUUAAGAAGGAUUCGAACAAAGUUGUGGAUAUGGUCGAUAUAGAAAAUAUCGCUGAGAAAGCAGCAUUUUGUCGAUGUUGGAGAAGUGAAAAUUGGCCAUAUUGUGAUGGUUCUCAUGGAAAACACAACAAGGAACAUGGUGAUAACGUUGGACCCGUUGUUGUUGAAAGAAAGAAAUAAAUGUCAACAACUUCCACAUUUGCCAUGGGAUCCAGUUUACAGUGUUUUGCUUUCUGCAACAACAAAAACAAAAUAACUGAAAUAAAAAUGGAACAAGAUUUGUAAAAAUUUGUUUAGUGAUAUUUACGAUAUGGAAGAAAUGAAAUAUCAUGUAUAUGUUACUUAAAAAGUAUUUGUACAGAAAUGCAUUUUGUUACCUAGUUGAAUUUUUAGAUAAAAUUUUAAUGAAUUAUAAAUUUACUUUUUACAAAUAA